AUUUCAACGAUUACUGUGCUAGCUAUAUGAACAUAUGUAGGAUAGCCUCUUGCGUUGCGUUUUCAUCACUUGUCGUACAAAACUUAAGAAUACUUAUAGCGUAUUUGCGAUGGGUCUGCAUCGUUUUGAUCACACUUCAGGGACAUCUUGUACAUUACAGUACUACCACUUGCCAUGUAUAUUGUUCCCCAAUUUCUGACCACUGUUUACACUGAAGGAUAAGAUUUACGAUUGGCUGGAAAUCUAUACAAAAAUGAUUGACUUAAAUUUUUGGGCAGCACUAUCUAUACAACAGCUAUGUACCACAGCAACGCAAAGGAGUGGACAGUUAACGUAACAAGAGACGAUACAAACUUGCACGUGCUAUGCCUCAACCACGUGAUCAUGGCGACUGGCAUGUCCGGACUGCCAAAUGUCCCGGAUUUCCCCGGGGCGGAUGAGUUUAAGGGCGAAAUACAUUACUCGAGUGCACAUGGAUACAGGUGCGCAAAAGUCUAA